AUGUCGCCAUAUAGGUUGGUUUUGGGGAAGGUGUGUCACCUUCUGGCAGAACUCGAGCAUCGAGAUUUUUGGGCUAUGAAGACAUUGAAUAUGGAUAUGGCAGCAACAGGAGAAAAGAGAUUGCUGCAAUUAAAUGAGAUGGAAGAGUUCAGAAAUGAGGCAUAUGAGAACGCCAAAAUUUACAAGGAAUGGACAAAGGAUUGGCAUGAAAAAAACCUUGUUAGGAAAGAAUUUCAACCGUGCAAGAUGAAAUCGAGGUGGUCCGGGAAUUACACUGUUGUUAAGGUGUUUCCAUAUGGCGCAGUUGAAGUAACUAGUGAGAAUACCGGUAAUUUUAAGGUGAAUGGGAAAAGAUUGAAGCUCUACUUGGUUGAUCAUUUUAAUCAAGCCAAGUCUGUCACCCUCUUGACGCCGAAAUGA